CUCACAGAGUUCAUCAACUUGAGAAAAAAAAAUCUCAAAUUCCAAAUCAUUUAUAUACUCUGUACUCACAAAUCAGAGGAAGUUAGAACAUCAAUGGGAUUCAAGUCAAUGGGGUUCACGAACAAAGCACUUGUUCUUCUUCUUCUCUUCUUUUCAGAGUUUUUACUAGGAUUAGCAACAGCUGCCGAGGAAUCUCCGAAGCUUGGAACAGUGAUCGGUAUUGAUUUGGGUACUACAUAUUCUUGUGUGGGUGUGUAUCGAAACGGUCACGUCGAGAUUAUAGCGAACGAUCAAGGAAACAGAAUCACCCCCUCGUGGGUUGCAUUCACCGAUACAGAGCGUCUGAUUGGGGAAGCCGCGAAGAAUCAAGCGGCUCUCAAUCCAGAACGCACCAUCUUCGAUGUUAAGCGCCUAAUCGGAAGAAAGUUUGAUGAUCCAGAGGUUCAGAAGGAUAUGAAGUUGUUGCCUUAUAAGAUUGUGAACAAAGAAGGGAAACCUUAUAUACAGGUGAAGAUAAAGGAUGGUGAAGUUAAAGUGUUUAGCCCUGAGGAAAUCAGUGCUAUGAUAUUGGGGAAGAUGAAGGAGACAUCUGAAUCUUUCCUGGGAAAGAAAAUUAAGGAUGCUGUGAUCACAGUUCCAGCUUAUUUCAAUGAUGCACAGAGGCAGGCCACCAAGGAUGCAGGCACCAUUGCUGGGCUAAAUGUGGCUCGGAUAAUUAAUGAGCCGACUGCUGCAGCAAUUGCCUAUGGUCUAGACAAGAAAGGAGGAGAGAAAAACAUCCUAGUUUACGACCUCGGUGGUGGUACAUUCGAUGUUAGCAUCUUGACCAUUGAUAAUGGUGUGUUCGAGGUUCUUUCGACCAGUGGGGACACUCACUUGGGAGGAGAAGACUUCGAUCACCGAGUGAUGGACUAUUUCAUCAAGCUAAUAAACAAGAAAUACAAAAAAGACAUUAGCAAAGACAACAAGGCUCUCGGAAAACUUCGAAGGGAAUGUGAGAGAGCGAAGAGAGCACUAAGUAGCCAACACCAAGUCCGAGUUGAUAUCGAGUCACUUGUUGAUGGUAUUGACUUUUCAGAGCCAUUGACACGAGCAAGAUUUGAAGAACUCAACAUGGACUUGUUUAAGAAGACAAUGGGGCCAGUCAAGAAGGCUUUGGAAGAUGCGGGUUUGAAGAAGAGUGAUGUUAACGAGAUCGUGCUUGUUGGAGGGAGUACUCGAAUUCCUAAGGUUCAACAGCUAUUGAAGGAUUUCUUUGAUGGCAAAGAACCGUGCAAAGGCGUCAAUCCGGAUGAAGCUGUUGCAUAUGGAGCUGCGGUUCAAGGAGGAAUCCUCAGCGGUGAAGGAGGGGAAGAAACUAAAGGCAUUCUUUUGCUUGAUGUUGCUCCCUUAAGUCUGGGUAUUGAAACGGUUGGUGGGGUGAUGACAAAGCUGAUCCCAAGGAACACUGUUAUUCCAACCAAGAAAUCUCAGGUCUUCACAACCUACCAAGACCAGCAAUCAACAGUCUCAAUAAAGGUCUAUGAAGGCGAAAGAAGCUUGACUAAGGAUUGUCGUGAGCUUGGAAAAUUCGACCUAUCGGGCAUACCACCUGCUCCAAGGGGAGUGCCCCAAAUUGAGGUCACAUUUGAAGUCGAUGCGAAUGGCAUACUACACGUGACUGCGGAGGACAAAGCAGCGAAGAAUAAGCAAACCAUUACCAUCACAAACGAGAAGGGGCGAUUAAGCCAGGAGGAGAUAGACAGGAUGGUGAAGGAGGCGGAGGAGUUUGCAGAAGAGGACAACAAGGUCAAAGAGAGAAUCGAUGCCAGAAACAAGCUCGAGACUUAUAUUUACAACAUGAAGAGCAAUAUCAAUGACAAGGACAAGCUUGCUGACAAGAUUGAUUCUGAUGACAAAGAGAAGAUCGAGAGCACGUUGAAGGAAGCUCUCGAAUGGUUGGACGACAAUCAAAAUGCAGAGAAAGAUGAGUUUGAAGAAAAAAUGAAGGAACUUGAAGCUGUAUGCAAUCCUGUCAUAAAACAAGUUUAUGAGAAGAGUGGUGGAAGUUCUACUGAUUCUGAAGAUGAUGAGUCUAAUGAUGAGUUGUAAAAAUGGGGCUAGAUUCUCACAAUUUGUACUUUGCACUUGCCUUAGAAAUUUUUUCUUCUGAAAUAGAGUUUUUGCUUUCUGAAUUUUGAAAUGGUUUUUCAUGGUCAUAUGGAAGAGUUGUUAUGUUGUGAUGUUUUUAACAUAUCAAAAUGUUUCUUCUCUUUGCUUCA